AUGAAUUAAUCUUGGAAGAUGAAUGCCUCAAUUGAGACUGUUUUAUUGAAAGAUAAAGGUUCUGCCACAGCUUUAUUAGGUAUUUUAUUAUCAAGAUAAAUUAGUUAAAAUGAGAUCCACUGACGUCGCAUAAGAGCUUUAUGAUUUAUACAAUUACUUUUAAGAUAUUCAAAAAUAAAAUAAAAAUCUGCAAGAUUCAAUAACAACAUUAAGAAGUGCUAUUACUAAUCUGUUAAGUUUAUCAGGGAGGAAAUGUCAAGGAGGGGAAUUUGACAAGGUUUGUUUAAAUGAUCUCGAAAUGAUAUAAUCUAUAAUGAAUAGAGUUAGGGUAGAUAUAAUAAAAUAAUCUGAAGAUAAGCCAAAUAAUGAUUUAAAUGGUUAAUAGAAUUAAAUUGAUAAUUUGUAAAAAAAAAUUUAUUUUUUGGAAGAUUCAAUCUAAUAAUUGAUGACAAAUUAUAAUAGAUUAAGUAAUAUAAAUAAUCAAUUAUUCGAACAAAAUUAUACAUAAAUUAAUAAUUUAAAUUAACUUCAAUAAAAGUAUACACAAUAGAAUAAAAAAACGAGUUUAAUCCUUUUUGAGAAUCAAUUAAAAUCUGUGAAUUAAAAUUCUAUAAACAUUGAAAUAGAUUGUUAAUAAUUUAGGGAGCAAAUAAUAAAUAUUAAUAAUUAGAGAUAGUAAUUAAUAGAACUUAUGUAAGAAACAUUAGCAAGAUUUUCACACAUUCAAUCAGAAAACAAAGUGUAACAAAAUAUGAAGAAUUAAUCAUUAGAUGUAAAUGACUUUAAAUAAAUUAUCAAUUUAAUUAAAGAAUCAUAAACUUCCAUAAAUAAAUAUGUUGAAGGAAUAAAAAAAUUUGUAGAUAAGAUAAAUUUGAAUCCGCAAAAUUUAAACAAUUUAGCAAUUUAAGAUUUAUUAAAAAAAUUAAGUUAGAACAGAGAAUGUUUUGUUUACAUUUAAAAUGUUUAAAAUAUGACAUUAAAGAUACUUGAUCAAAUUUCAUAAGACUAUUUUCAAUAACAAGAAAAAAAUAAAGAACUUGAAGAUUUAUUGGGAAAACUCAAGAAGGAAAAUAUUGAAAUAAAAGAAUAAUUAUAAGAUUAAAUCAAUUAGUUGAAGGAGUAUAAUAAAAAAGAAUAAUAAUUACUUUCAAAUUAAAUGAUUGUAAAAUAAUGCCUUAAUAUAUCAAGUAUUAUUUUUAAAUUAAUUAGAUAAAUAUAAUAAUAUAUUCAAAGAAUUCAAUGAUUAAGUAAAAAAGGAAAUAAAUAGAUUUUCAAAUUUAAUUUUAAUAUUGUUUCCUAAUGUGAAUGAAGUCUCAAAUAUUUCCCCAGAUCAAGAUUUAUUACAAGAUAUAUAAAGUUUUAUCAAUAGUAUUGAUAAUCAAGACAUUAAAAAUGAUGAUGAUAGUUAAGAAUAAAAAUGGUAAAGAAGUAUUGAUUUGUUUAAGAAGAUUUAUAAAAGAAUUCCUAAUAAUUCAAUAGUUAAUUAAUAUAUCAUAAAAUCUGUUGAAAGCAUAGUAGAAAUUAAAGGAAUAAUUUAAGAAUAUAAAGAAAAUGUUAAGAAAUUUAAGAAAGAAAUUGAAAUGAGCGUAUAAACUAAUUGA